UAUGUGUCUUUAACCCAAUCACCACUAGUGAUUGGUGAACUUUAUUAAAUUACCGAUCGACAUUAAUACAUUACGCUUUAUUGUGUCAGUUUGUAGCAUAACCGAAUUGCCGCGUGACUGCUUAAGUGCGCGUUUAACAACCUGCCUAAUAUUCUACAUGCUCGUGCAACCGAACUUUUGGAAUAUUAUACGUAGUCAUGUUUUCUACAGCUAGAAUCAGUAACAAAUUGGGCCCUAAUACCAUACUGAAAUGGAUUUCGAAAAUCCAGGAAGGAAAAGGGAUAGCAUCAUUAGCGUCACUGUCAGAAACACAUCAAUUGUUGUACAAAACAUGCAGGGACUUUGCUGAAGGAGAACUUAAGCCUAUAGCUGCAAAAACUGAUCGUGAAAAAUUGUUUCCUAAAAAACAGAUUGAAGAAAUGGGCGAAUUAGGCCUUAUGGCUGUUUGUAUUCCCGAAAAUGUUGGAGGAACGGGUCUUGAUUAUUUAUCUUAUGCUAUUGCCGCAGAACAGAUUUCUAGAUGUUGUGCUUCAGCUGGUACUAUUAUGGCCGUGCAUAACAUUUACGUCAACGCCAUAAACAAUUUCGGUAACGAUAAACAGAAAGAAGAAUUCCUACGACCAUUUACGGAUGGGAAGCAAUUAGGUUCAUUUUCUUUGAGUGAGCCAGGACUAGGAAGUGACGCCAGUGCUGUGUCUACAAAAGCUACGAAAAAUGGUUCCAACUAUAUAAUCAACGGAACGAAAUCGUGGACUACGAAUGGUUUAGAAUCCAAAGGGUUAGUCCUAUUCGCAUCCACUGAUAAAUCAAAAAAACACAAAGGGAUCAGUUGCUUUUUAUUGAAAAAAGAUUUUCCAGGGUUUUUUGUGGGGAAAAAGGAAGACAAAUUGGGCAUACGAGGAUCGUCGACGUGCAGUUUAGUAUUUGAAGACUGCCCCGUACCCGAAGAAAAUGUCUUAGGCGAGUUGGGAAAGGGUUUCAAUUACGCGAUGAUAACUUUAGACGCAGGCCGCAUAGGAAUCGCCGCCCAAGCUUGUGGUAUAGCCCAAGCGUCAUUGGAACUAGCUGUCGAUUACGCUUCCAAAAGAAUCUCUUUCGGCGCGCCGAUCGCCAAAUUGCAAUCGAUACAGAACAAAAUCGCCGAUAUGGCGUUGAGGGUGGAGAGCGCCAGGCUUUUGACGUGGCGUGCGGCGCAUCUGAAAGACUCGAACACGUCGCACACAAAAGAAGCCGCCAUGGCCAAGUUGGCGGCGUCCGAGGCGGCCACGUUCAACGCGCACCAGUGCAUACAGGUGUUGGGUGGCAUGGGUUACGUGACAGACAUGCCGGCAGAGAGAUAUUACCGUGACGCCAGGAUAACGGAGAUUUACGAGGGCACGUCCGAGAUCCAGAAGAUUGUGAUCGCCGCUAACGUGUUUAAAGAGCAUGGAGUGUAGACAAGAAUAUAUGAGUGUUAUACCUAUUAUAUGAAUAUAUGUUUUAAUUUUUAAGCGUAUUUGAAAAAAAAAAUAUUUUAUGUCAAAUUCUAUGUGUACUGCUACUGUUUAACGAGCAGCUUACAACCAUUAUUAUUUACUAUACCUGAUAUGUGUAGGUAAGUAGUCUUACGAUCGACUUGGUAAUUAAGCUAUAGUAAGUGUCAAAGUGGUUCCAAAUUUCCAAUAUGGGCACCAUCCACUGUGUGUCUGUGUUGGCUUGUGUAGUUGCGUGCUGUUCCCUGUUACAGACCUCUGUUCGGAACACCUGCAGACAUUCAGCUCCUUUCAACUCUCAAACUACUUACUACAGACACUCUUGCUUGAAAACAUUUUAAUUACUAAUAUAAUACUGUUUUGUUAACUUUGUACAGUAUACUACCAUUUAAAAU